AUGGCGUCUAUAGCAGCACUUCAACGUGACUUGGAAAUAGCGAGGGAAGGGCUAAAAUCCGUGGAUGAGAACAUCAAGAAACUAACUGGUAGAGAUCCUUCGGAGUUUAGGUAAUUAAAUGCAGCAGUUUUAUGCGGUUAUCCUUUUUAUCUCCUGAUGUUUACAUCAGGAAAUGCCCUUGUUAAACUGAUAUCUUGAUCGGGAAUGAUCGCUCUGCAGAAUUUAAAUUAAACCAAAUCAUGUAGUUGUUCUGUAUUAGAGUGGCGAAUGCAUAUUUGCUUGUAUUUUAUUUUACUUUUUUCUAGAAGAAGCAGCUUCAUCUUUGACUAUUUCAGUGUUGUGAGAAAACUUGAAUGUUCUGUAAAGACCGCCGGUCUCGAGUUCCAUUGAAUGGUCCCAUUCAUAUUUAUCGAACCGUCAACCCGAUCGGUUGAUCAGAUAUUUGUUGCUUGUAAUGUCUUUAAUAUUCACGAAAUAUUUCACAUGACUGAGCUUAAUGAAUCCUAUUUCCAACUUAAGAAGGUAAGUCACAAUCUGUCAAAAGAGUACAUGUAGGCUAGAUUGUUGAAUUCUGCAUGACAGCAUUCUCCACAUCACAGAUCUUCCCACUUAACUUUGCGGACCUUUCCUUUACCAGAUUGGUUCCUCACAGGUGUUACAAAUGUCUUUUUCUGCAUAGUGAGAGGAAACUUGGUUCGCAGUGCCUUACUUAAUGAAAAAGUGAAAAAAACACUCGUAAACAAAGUUGAUCUAACAGUUACAGUAUUUUAAUAGACCAGCAGCAGGAAGGCGUGUGACAUUAAAGAGGGACUUCUCAGAGAGGAACAUGGGACAAGGACCAGCGGCAAAAAGACGUGAUUCAACUGGUGCACAAGGCAGGUUAGUGCCAUUGUCAGUUGCUCUCAGUGCUUUGCUCUGGGUCCCUUUGCUUUAGGCUACUAACUUCUGGCAUUUAACGACAAGGAAGACUUUCUUGUUGCUCAAAACACUUACUGUUGAGCACACUCAAUUUUCUAGUUAUGAGGCCAGUGCCAUAUUUUCUAGUCAAUAAGUCACCCUUAAAAGUCUUUAAAAUCGGUGCAAAAAAACAACCUCAAGAAAAAUAAACAACGGCCAAAAGAUGGGGAGUAAAAAAAUGCCUGAUGUUCCAUGAACUAGUUGAGAAGUUUGACAAGCAAACUGACAAUACUGUUGAGUUUUGACACAGCAGAGAUUGGUUUCAGUUUGUGGCAAUUUCUUUUGUCUUCCUUGUCCUGAAAACAAUCAUAGUUAAGAAGAUGGCAGUUUGGAGCUCUUACUGAUGUUUUCAUGUUUUUCCAUAGACUCUGGAGCCGCGUGGUGACUACAAGAACAUCACAAGACAAGACACGCCCUUCCUCGCGACUGGAUAGUGAAGGUGAAGAAGAGGAGGAGGACACAGACAAGGUACGAAAUAAAAUAAUAUUUAGAAGACUUCUAAACUCAUUGAAUUCAUCUAACAUAGAAUCUUAAGCAGCUUUUGAUCAUUGUCUAGAUUCUCCUUUUAAUUUGCCUCAUUCUUUCCUCAUGCACCGUCACUUAUUAAAAAUGUUUAUACAACACAUAUAAAGUGUUUGAAUAAUAAUAAUAUUAAUGAUACUGAUAAAACACUUCUAUAGCGCUCUCCACAUCCACUAGUUGUUUCGUGGCGUUUUACAACAAAAUUAAAAAUAAUAAUUUAUAUGGGUAAAUACAUAAAAAUAGAAAUGAGAAGAUAUAAAACAUUAAGCUCUAAUGAUAAAUUAAACCUAAUGAUAAACUAAACCAUCAUUAAUAAAUUUGAUUGCAAAAGAAGUUCUAAAGAAUUUGAAUGAAGUGUCUUGGAAUGAUUCUGGUACUGAAGUAAUUCAACCAAAUACCAAGGGCCAAGAAGUGGACUUAUAUGAUCAAACUUCUGAGCACCAGUUUCAAAACGAGCUGCCACGUUCUGUAGCAGUUGAAGUUUUCUCGGAUGAUAUUUGGGUAAUCCAUAAGAAAGAGAGUUAUAGUAAUCCAAUUUAGAAGUUUUUACAAAAUUAUGUACAACUGUGGCAGAUGUUUCUUUGUUAAGAUACUGUCUGAUCUUGAAAAGACUGCAGUCUAUUGUGUUCUUGUAAUAGAAAGUUAGAAAAGAAAGUGAAUGUCAAGAAUGAACAACUUUGAUCUAAACGACUUCUCCCACAUGUACAUGGUAUCUGUCCACAUGUAACAUGUUUUGUUUUGUUUUUCCUUAGCCUGCUAUCCAGUCCUCAGUUGUUGCUACACCUACGCCAUCUCGCCUCAAACGAGACAUCAUCACCAAAACUGACGAUAAAACAAAAUCAAGGUGUGCUGAUCAUUAUUUUUUUCCUUUUGAGAAUACAGUCAAACCUGCUAUGAGUGGACACCACUAGGACCAGAAAAAGUGUCUGUAGUUUGACUGUGUAUAAGCUACCGUAAAAUUCCGAAAAUAAGCCCCAGGGCUUAUAUUUUUCAAAGGCACUUUUUGAGGGGCUUAUGUACGGAGGGAAAUUCGCGUUUCAAAAUCGAUUGGGCUAGCUUGUAGUGGGAAGGAAAUUUACCAUUUUUGCUUUGUUUUACUUUGUAUUUGAGGGCAAAUUCCAAGUACAAGCCCCCGGGGGGCUUAUAUUCGGAGGGGCGAUUUAACGGAGGGUUUUUGUGUUACAAUUUUGGGGGACUUAUAUUUGGAGGGGCUUAUACAUGGAGGGGCUUAUUUUCGGAAUUUUAUGGUAUCUUUGCGUCAUUUCAAUAGUAAACUUUAUGGUUCAGAUAGUGUAACCAAGUGAAACCUCUGUAGCAUCAUUUUCACACGAUGAUAAAUAAUUAAUUUUUCUAAUUUCAGUGUAUACGAGAUUGUUGCCUGGUUGGUUGCUCUUGCGAUUAAAAGAGACUCUUGGAAUUCAUUUAGUUAUGCUUUAUGGAAAUUGUCAUUGAAACCUUCACAUCUUUGGGCAAAAAUUGUUCAUUAAUUUUUUAUCUUUGGUGGAACACCAGUUGAUUACAGCUGGUUAUUUUCAUUGGAUGAUUGUUUUUCAGGGUGAAUUUUAUAAAGAUAUUGUCUGUUUGUUUGUUUUGGAUGUUCAGGUGUCUCCAUCAUAAAAACACUGUUUGUAACAUUGUGUUGUUAUUUUUCAGAAAUAAGAGAAUGUUUGGCAUGUUGCUGGGCACACUACAGAAGUUUAAAGAUGACAGCUCUCAAAAGACAGAAAAGGUUUGUACUUACAAACUGUAUUUUAAUGGUAUUUUUCUUUUUUGCCCUUUAUGGACAGUGCUUGCCUCUUUGCAUUGUAUGCAUGAAGCUCACUCAGCCCUUAAAUUUGUAAGAUCAACCUGAAAAUUCUUCACAUUGUCUGAAAAACAUUUGUCGUGUUAUUGGUGUUAUUGGUGAGGAGAACUUGGUUAUAAAUCAAUACAUUGUAUCUUUGUAUUUCUGUACCUAUAAUUCUCUUCAUGUUCCAGUCAAAUCUUAAGGAUAAUUUUCUCAUAAAUUGAUCACAUCUAUUACUCUUAAAAACAAUGUCUCUUGAUGAUCAGGACAUACGAAGAGAAGAAAUCAACAAAAAGCUUGAAGAGGCAGAACAGAAAGAAAAAGAGGAGUUGUCCACUCAAAGAAAAGAACUGUUUACAGAAAGGAGAGCAAAGCAGGCAGAGCUGAGACUUUUACAAAGAAAAGUUGAUAUGGCUGAGCUGGUAAUGAAGAUGAUUUUCUUUAUGAAAGUAGUAAUAGAGUAACAGCAUAAAGUAUAUGGUGAUAAUAACUCAUUAUUAAUUCUUCAUGCCACAGUUCUAAUACUAAUAAUACAUGACUUUCAUAUAUUCAUGAUUUCAAAAGUUGUCAAGAGAUCACCCCAGAUGUGAAUACAACUUUUGCAGUUUUAAAAAGAAAGUUGGCAAAAAUUGAGGCUUUUAUGGGAUUCAGAACCCUUGAUCUCUGCAAUACUGGUGCAGGACUCUAACCAAUCGAGCCAACAAGCCAACUGGGACCUGGUCAUUAAUUUUAGUCCAUUUAAGCCUGUGAAGGGUGAAGAUGAAAUAAUAAUUAUUAUAUGCUGUAUUGAAUAUGUUAAUCAAUGUUACUGAAUGAGGAUUUUGCCUUGGGGAGUCCCAGGGCCCCCUCUUCUGAGAAAUAGAGGCCCUGUAAGAACAUUAGGGGGACAAAGUUAUGUUAAUCAAAUUGUCUGUUGAAUGAAGUACCUACCUGAUCCAAUAUGGCGGAAGAGGUGUUUACGAUUUGGAGGAAUAUACACGUGCGUGGGACCAAUGAAAGUAAAGGCAACAAAAUUAAAGACUUUGACUCAUUUGAUAUCAUGUUUUUUAUUUAUUCAAACAAACAGAAUGCUUUAGUGUUAGGUUGACCAUUAAAACUACUUAAGUCCGUUUGACUCGUAGCUUACCCCUGCGCCCUAACGGGCACAUCGUCUUGGUUUUAAUGUGCCAUUUCAGUUUUUCUUGCGGGAAUCCCACAAGGCCACGGCCUGGUGAGAACACUGCAAAUACAAAAUGUACCGUGUGGUGUAUAUUAGGGCUUUAGAUAGAGAUAGAUGCUAUUAUUCAUAAAUACAGAAAUGUGGAAAGGCUUGUGUCCAGAAAUUUAAGCCCCACUGUAGAAGACCAUCAAAAAUUAUGAGGAUUUAUUUACCUUUUUUGUCAUAGAUUUGCAUUUUGAACCCUUGUCUCUUCAUGCACCUUUGAGUUGUUUGUUUAUUAUCUCUCUUUUCCCAGCUUCAAAACUUUGUGAUGGCAAAUAAAUUUAAGGGAUAACAUUGCAAUAGUGACUCCAUCUGAAGGAGAAAGUAUCACUGUCAGUCAUGCUGGUUUUGAACUUUAGCAGGGACCCUGGACCCUACUUUUGAAACAUUUACCUUAAGGGAAGGAAUUGGAGAACUUAAGCUACGUCCACAUGGUGCUGAACCAAUUUUCAGCUGGUUGAAAAUUUGUUUUUUUAGUUGCUCUGUUCACGCGGAACCACCUUAGCUGUUCAAAAAUUCAAAGUUCUAUGUGAACAGUGCAAAAAAGUGUGUGGUCAAAUUUUUCUGCCAGUUGAAAAGUAUUUUUCAUUGCCAUGUGAACAUAGCCUUAGAUCAUUAUUAUGUCUUAUGAAUAUCUCUUAUUUUGUCCAUUUUCUAGCAAGAAGAGUGGGAUAAGCAUGGUGAAAAACUGAGUCACUUCAUAAUGACAAAAGCCAAUCCACCCAUCUUCUACAUGCCAGCCAAACAUAAUGACAAGACACAGAAAUUAUUGGAGGAAUCCACAAGAUCUGUGAAAAGUAACUGAAUAAUAAUUGGCUAAAAAUUUAUUAUUGUAAUGUAAAUAACUAUUAUAACAAAAGAAAAGUGCAAACUUAAAUUAGUAAAUUACUUAUGUACUAUUUGCCUGUGGGUGAAUGUUGAUGAAAGCUAGGGCAUGCUCAAAGCAAUUUUGGCUGUUUCAGGUGAACUGCAACAUUGUUCUCUGGGUAUUCUUUCAUUUUGUUACUCUGAAAUUGCAGUUGUGCACCUUGUGACAAAUCUCGCUACUGAGGACACUAUUAAUUUAUAACAAGAAUAUUUUUAUUUUCUAGGAGCAAUGGCCAAACGCAGAGCUGAAAUUGAAGAGGAGCAAGAGCAAGAAGAAGAAAGAAUGAGGAACGCCAGGUUGUCUGUUGCUAACGAGGGUGAGAGUGUGAGUAAAGGGAGGGUAGAUAGUGUUGAAGGUGAUGCAGACGGUGACGUGGAGAUGGUAGAAGAAGAAAGCCAUGGAGAGGUAAGAGAGAAAAGGAGGAAGAGAAGUGAGAGCAAAGAUGCAGAGAAUGGAGUUAGAGAGGAGAGGGGUGUUAGAGAAGAACGAGAGGGAGAAAGGAUAGAAAACAUGGAAGAGGAAGAGGGUGAGAUAGAUUAGGUACCAGGAACACAGAAGUAGGGUCUCAAGUUACCUUCCAGGGUUAUUUCAGUGCUUACUGAUGAGUAAUCUCACCCAACCCUCCCCUCCUCAGUUAGCACAUCCCUACCCUAAUGCCUCCCAAACACACCCUACUCCACAUAUCUUAUCCAGACGUGUAGGUCUGAGAGCACUUUGAUUGGUUGCGUCUGUAAAAGCUCAAGAGACUUAAAUGAUUCUGAUCAUUUAAGUGCCCUAAUAUUGAAAUAAAUUUGUUCAAUUUGAUGGACUUCGAACGUUUUCGCAAACUGAUGCAAUUUGUAUCUGUGUAACAUGUCCCUUAGCCAAAGUAAGUUAGUUUAUAUUACACAUUUUUCUGUUCCUUGACUGGCUUAUCUAAGUGGUAGGGUGAUGAAAAGUUAGGCUUUUUGUGCUCUUGUUUUAGCGGGUUGAGUUCUUAUUAGUUUGUUCAUGAGAGUGACGAGUGUAACUAGGCAGAUGAGACUGACUUUCUUACCAAGCAACUAAGUGAUACUGUGGCCAGUUAACUAUUUGACUGACUGGCUGACCAACAAACUAGCUCUCUAACAGAUUAAUAAUAAUUAUUAAUCUGUUAGAGAGCUAGUUCAUGACUGACUGACAGACAGACAACUGGCUCGCUGACUGUCUGACUAGCUACAUGUAGCUGACUGACUGACUGGCUAGCUAGCCAACUGACUGACCAACUAAAACCUGUUGUGUACAGAAGGAAUGCACUUUAAUAGUAAACAAACAUCGGAAGGGAAGUCUAUCUUCUGUUUCCAAAGUUGCAUUGUGUUGAUUUUCCUUUGUGAGUUGAGGAAGACAAAUUAUUUUAAUAUGAGGAAAAGACUUUUAAGUUUUUCUCUUUCAUCCUUAUCUGAAAACAUUUCUUUCAGUAACUGUUGUAACCUCUUAAUAACAAUAAAUUUGUGGAAAACAAAUAAAGAGAGAAUCCACCAUCCAUG